GCUUUCUCGACUUCUCUCUCAGGUGGCAAGCCAACCUCCCUUCUACUGGGCAGCUCUCUUUUGGCCACUGGUAUGACAUCACGGAAUUCUGAUUCACACUCGUUGACUGAUAGUCAUAAUAAUCAUGAUCAGCUUCCUCUGUCUCCCCUCCUUCCUGAUGUGCCUUCCUACCACACGUCCCGUCCGAUCGGCACUCAACUUUUGCCGGACGUGGGUUCUUCAGACAUCAGCGUCUUAGGCACUAAGGGCAGUCUUUCAACUGAACAUAUAUCUUCUUCACUAUCACCUAUUUCACUCCAUCAUAUCAAUGUCAAUUCCCCUUUGAAUAGCAACCGAACUGGCGACUUCCAAGAUUCCCUCGAAAUCCAAGUGAUUGAGCCAGACCGUCAAGCUUUGAUUGACAAGAUUGAUCGCCUUCAGAGAAAGCAAAUGUAUAUGACUGACAAGAUCGAGAGUAUGCAGGAGCAGAUUGUCAGCUUAACACAUGAAUUGAACAAAAAGAGUCGAAUUUUGCAGGUUUGUUGCGUUAUCCACCCUCAUGUGCCUUUGAUUUUAUAA